AAAAAAACAACCAAGCAAAUAAUUCUUUUUUUUUGGAUAAUCGGACACACACACACACACACACACACAUUAAAACAGACACACAUUUGGAUUAGUGUUUUGUUUACUGUUGUGUACGCGCGCGUGAUUCUGUGUGUGUGAUUUAUUCUAUGAGUGUUUAGUGCUUUAGUGUGUGUGUGCGAUCAACAACGACAACAACAACAACAAUUGAGCAAUCAUGCCGAAAAUCUUCUUGAUCAAAAAUCGCCUGCAUCAGCAGCAACAGCGUCUGCUUGAAUCACAGAAUCUGCUUCAACACAAGGCGCAGGACGAUGAACGUUGCCUUGUGCCGCCUUUAAGUCCAAGCAGCAGCAACAGCAGCAGCAGCAACUCCAAUGCAACCGGAGCAACAUCAGCAGCCACCGCUCGGGAGGCGUCACCAUCGCCCACGCCCACGCCUACGCCCACACCGCUAGCACCGAAUUCACCGCGACCAACGCGUCCAACGUCGCCAGCGACGCCAACAGCACCCGAACCCGCACCUGCCCCUGCCCCUGAGCCACAGGGUCAACAGCAGCAGCAGGAGCAGCCACUCAGCCUAACAACAACAUCGUCAUCAUCAGCAUCCUCAUCACGCAAACGUUUCCAUCAUCGACGUCAUUAUUUCGGACAGACGCGUCACAGUCUCGAGCUGUCGCAGGAAUCGUCAUCAUCAUCAUCAGCAACAACAGCAGCAGCAACAACAGCAACAACAACAACAACUUCGAUUUCGACUUCAAAUGCCGAAAGCAAAACGCAAAAUGAGAAUUACCUAACGCCGGCAGAACUGUUGCAGCGUCUGAGCUGCAGCGCAGCAACCAGCAGCAGCAACAGCGACAACAACAACACCACCAACAACAGCAUCAAGAGUAAUCUUCAUAAAGCAACAACAACAACACCCGCAACAACAACAACAAGCAGCAUACCAAAAGAAAGCCCAAAGCCACAGUCGCCGUCGCCAGCGCACACGCCAGCAGCCGACGACGUCGCAGUCGCCGACGCUGUAAAAGAAGUCGCAGCAGAAGCAGAAGCAGAGGAGACUGAACCAACAGCCGCCGCAGCGACUGACGACGUCGACGUUGAUGUCGGCAUUGAGGCGCCGAAGCCGCGUUAUUACAACAACGCCGGCGUUGUGCUAACGCAGGCACAGCGCAAAGAAUAUCCGCGCGACGUCAGCGUCGCCGUCGCAGCUGCUGAUGAGAGCAGCGAUAACGAUAACAACAGCGAAUCGGACGAUAGCGAUAGCGAUAAUUGCAAAUUGAUUGUCGACGAAAAGCCGCUGCUGCCCAUCGAAGAGCCGCUGUCGCUGCGCAUGCGCAGCACGCCACCUAGCGCCGAGCAGCGACCAAGUCCGCCGCCGCCGCGUCUACCCGCCGUGCGCUGCAGCGUCAUCCAACGUGCGCCGACAGCGACGCCAGCAGCAGCCACAGCAGCAACAGCGACGCCAACUGAGCUGCAAUAUCAACGCACACUCGAUCUCGAACAACAAUUGGCGCCAGAGCAACAGGAACCCAUCGAUUAUCACGUGCCCAAGCGACGCAGCGCCAACGCCAACGGCAGCGGCGACAGCGACGACGAGCAGCAGCAGAACGCAUUGCGUUUGCAGCGUGCGCGACGCAUACGCGAAGCGCGACGUCGCAGCAGCUAUUUGGCAGCGCGUGUGCUGCAAUUGAAUCCACGCCUCGUGCGCAGUCUGCCCGGCAUUUUGGCCGCUGCAGCGGGACACGGACGCAACAGCAGCGGACAGCAGCAGCAACAGCAGCAGCAGCAGCAACAACAGCAGCAUCAGCAACAGCAGCAGCAGCAAAGCUUUCAGGCCAACUCCGGCUUUGGCGCUGGCAGCGGCGCAGGCAGCGGCGUCGGCGGUGGCGCAGGCAGCGGCGGUGGCAUGGGCGGCGGUCGCGACGGACGCGGCAAUUACGGACCCAAUUCACCGCCCAGCGGCGCUUUGCCGCCCUUCUACGAGAGCCUCAAGAGCGGCGGCCAGAGUGCUGGCGAGGCGGCCACGCCCCAGCAACAGCAGCAGCACCAGCAGCAACAACAACAGCAGCAGCAGCAGCAGCAACAACAGUUGUUGCUAAACGGCAACAACAGCAAUUCAUCGAAUUUUCUCUCAGCGUACAUAAUGUCGGGCAGCGCAGUUGCGGCGCAGUCGGCGUAUAACAGCGGCACAGCGGGCGGAGGCGGAGGGGGAGGAGGAGGAAAUGUUGUUGGUGGUGUUGGCAGCAACAGCGGAGGACUCGAUGGUAAUAACAUUUUGCACUUUGCCGCCGCCAACGGUUUGGGCAACAAUAACUAUAAUGAACUUCAUUCCAAUUCCAAAUUCCAUACAAAUCUCAACAACAACAACAACAACAAUCAAAUGUCGCAUCCAUUUUAUGGCGGCAAUCCAUCAGCCUAUGGCAUCAUAUUGAAAGAUGAGCCCGACAUUGAAUACGACGAGGCCAAAAUCGAUAUCAGCAGCUUUGCUCACACCAUCAUGCAGGCAACCAUGAACGGCAACGGAGCGGGAAGUGGAGGCGGAGGAGGAGGAGGAGGAGGAAGUGCAGGUGGAGCUGGUAACUUUGGCAGCGCCUACGAAGAUGCCAUCAUGUCGGAUCUGGCUGGCAGCGGAGGUGCUCCACAGUGUCCAAAUGGUGCAGCAGCAGCAGCGGCUGCCGCGGCAGCAGCAGCAGCAGCCGCAGCGGCUGCUGUCGUUGAUCCGAUGCAAUUUACGGCAACAUUGAUGUUGAGCCAACAGACGGAUCAUCUGUUGGAGCAACUCUCGGAUGCCGUGGAUCUCAGUUCGUUUCUGCAGCGCAGCUGUGUGGACGAUGAUGAUGAGGAGAAUUCAACGAAUUCGCCACCAUCGCAUCAUCAUCAUCAUCAUCAUCAUCGGCAGGAUUUCGAAUUGGUCUCGACGCCAUCGUUGACACCCGAUUCGGAUGUUGUCAGCGUGACGCCGUCGCAUUCGGCGCAAUUGGAUGCAUUGCAUGAGAAUCUCUUGACGCAUCUCAGCAACAAUAUGGCGCGCAAUGGCAACAACAGCGUCUACAGCUCGCAGCAACAGCAGCAGCAACAACAACAGCAGCAGCAGCAACAGCACUUGCAGCAACAUCUUGUCAAUGGGCAGCAACAGCACUUGCAACAGCAGCAGCAGCAACCGCCGCCAAGUUAUCAGCAUGCCACACGCAAUUUGAUGCAGUUGCAGAACGGUGGCAAUAACAGCAACAACAAUGCUGGCAACAACAAUGGCUAUCAGCUGCAACAGCAGCAACAACAGUUGCUGCAGCAGCAACAUCAUCAUGCACAGCAGCAACACAAUGCCUAUCAGCAACACAAUCUGUAUGCCCAGCAGCAGCAGCAGCAACAUCAUCAACAGCAGCAGCAACAGCAACAACAUCAUUUCCAUCAGCAACAGCAACAUCAUCAUGCGCAGCAGCAGCAACAUCAUCAUCAGCAGCAGCAGCAACAUCAUCAUGCGCAGCAACAACAUCAGCAACAGCUGCACAACGACAACAGCAAUCUGUCGCUGCCAUCGCCGACAACAACAGCAGCAGCCGCUGCAGCGGCGGCAGCAGCAGCCGCAGUUGCCGCUCUGCGUCCGAUGUCGAGCAGCAGCAGCAGCAGCUCGCAGUUGCUCGAUGCGAACACGGCAGCGGUUGCUGCGGCCGCAUUGCUCGACACCAAGCCGCUGAUACAAAGCGUAAGUUCUGUGCAAAUAUUGAAACCAUUGAAAAUCAACAAUAGCAGCGCAGCGGCAGCAACCGAAGAACUCAAUUUAGCGCCCUUGAAUUACAUGUUGCUGAGCAACAGCAGCAACAACAGUAGCAGCAGCAACAGUAAUAACAUUAACAUUAACAGCAGCAGCAACAGCAAUUCCCUUAACAGCACCAACAACAAUAACAUUAACAGCAGCUGUAAACCGAGAGGCAUUAAGACUAAUCGCAACAGCACUGUUAACAGCUCUGUUAGCAGCACUGUUAAGCUGGGUGGUCGAGCCAAGGCCGCUGCCUAUGGCUCCACUCUGGUCACCUUCAUCUCCACUUACAAAUCAUCGUCCACCGAGGUGCCGCCGCAGCGUCAAGUGCAUCGCACCACGUUGCGUUCGCUGGCGAGCGCAGCGGCUGCCACAGCGGCUGGUCUUUUGCCCCCCUCGCCGACCAUUUCGGUGCUCAACGAGAGCAAAAUGUUGCAGCGGCGGUUGGGACUUCCGCCAGAUCUACAGCUGGAGUUUGUGAAUGGAGGACAUGGCAUUAAGAAUCCGCUGGCGGUUGAGAAUGCGCAUGGAGGCCAUCAUCACCACCGCAUACGCAACAUGGAUUGCAUCGAUGAUCUCAAGCAUGGCCACCCAUCGCAGCAGCAGCAACAACAACAGCAGCAGCAACAUCAGUCACAACAGCAGCAGCUGCAGCAACAACACUCGCCACACUCGCAGCAACAUUCGCCGCAGCAGCAACAUUCGCAACAGCAGCAGCAACAACAACAGACGUUGCAACAAGCGGCGGCUGCUGCAGCCGCUGCAGCUGCAGCAGCGGCGGUGUCGCAACAUCACGCGCUCAGCAGCAGCAGCAACAACAGCAGCAGCGGCGGCGGUGGCAACAAUCGCAACAACAGCAGCAGCAGUGUCAGCAGCAACAGCAGCAGCCAGGGCGACACUCUGUGCCCGAACAACAGCGGCGCCGAGGAUGCGAACAACAAGUUCGUGUGUCGCGUCUGCAUGAAGACCUUUUCGUUGCAGCGUCUGCUCAAUCGUCACAUGAAAUGUCAUUCGGACAUCAAGCGAUAUUUGUGCACGUUCUGUGGCAAGGGCUUCAACGACACCUUCGAUCUGAAGCGUCACACGCGCACACACACCGGAGUGCGACCCUACAAGUGCAACCUGUGCGAGAAGAGCUUCACGCAGCGCUGCUCCCUCGAAUCGCAUUGCCAGAAGGUGCACAGUGUGCAGCAUCAAUACGCCUACAAGGAGCGACGUGCCAAGAUGUACGUGUGCGAGGAGUGCGGUCAUACGACCUGUGAACCCGAGGUUCACUAUCUCCACCUGAAGGACAAUCAUCCAUUCUCACCGGCGCUGCUGAAGUUCUACGACAAGCGUCACUUCAAGUUCACCAAUUCGCAGUUUGCGAACAAUUUGCUCGGCCAGCUGCCGAUGCCGGUGCAUAAUUGAACAACAACAACAACAAAAACAAAACUAAAAACCGAAAACUGAAUACUGAAAAAACAAGAAACAAAAAGGAAAAACAACUGAAGCAACUGAAACCGAAACUCGUAACUAAUAAUUAAUUAAUAUUAAUUCCCAAUAAUUAUUCUAAGUGCAGAAACUAACCUAAAACUUAAGCUUAGACUUAGAAAAUAUGUUUCAACUUUAAGCUGUUCAACGUGCGACACUGAAGUUUUAUGAAAACUGCCCACGAAAAUGGAGAGAUUAUGUUUUGUACAUGUAUAAUACUUUAUACCCCCUUUAUAUAUAUAUAUAUAAUCAGAUAUAUAUAUAUACCAAUCUUAGUUGUAAUGAUGAUUUAACUUAGUUUGUAGAUUAGAAGAUUUUCAAACACGUUUUCAUUUCAAACAAAUUUUCAACACUUUGCUGUGCAAAAAAACAAAUUUAUAUACAAAAAAAAAAGAAGAAGAAGAAAGAUGAGAACAAAUUUUGGCAUGUUCCAAAAAUAUUUAAUUUUAAACGAUUAGUCAAAGUUUUUUUUUUAUUAUUAUUAUUAUUAUUAUUUUGUAUUAUGAUCACAUUUUUUUUUGCGACUACAAACAUUUUGUUGUAGUUUAGUUAGUAAAAAAAAAAGAAAAAAACAAAAACAAUCUGCUUUAAGCAACAUGAUGAAAACAAAAUGAAAUGAGAGAAAAUUAUGUUUAAUUCAAUUAUAUUUUUUUGUUCGAUAAACAAUUUUCAAUUAGCGAAUUGAACCAGCUGCAAACAUUUGCAUUUAUUUACACGUUUCACAUUAUAUAUAUUAUAUAGAAAUAUCACACAUUAUGUAGCAAUUAAGGCAAAAAUCACGAAAAAAAAAUCCACAAUGUAAAUGUAUUUAUUAUUAGAAACUUUUUUGAAGACAUCACAAAUCACGAAACGAAACGCGAGAAUCAAUUUGUAAAGAGGCAUAACAGAAAAACAAAAGAAAAAACAAAACACAAAACUAAGAAGAAAACAAAAAAAUGAAAUGAAAUUUAAGUAAAAAUUUUGCUUAAUGUAACGUUAAGAAUUAAAAUUGUAAAUGUAAUGCUUAGAUGUUAGUUAAAUUAAAACGUAAUGCUGUUCAUAAAUGAAGUCAAACAAUCAAUAUGUAUCAUACUUGCUAUCAUUUAAGCACACACACACACACACACCCAUCGCACACCCUUUUUUUAUUGCACUGUGAAAUGCGCAAGCAAAACAAUUGUACUGAGAAACAAAAAAAAAAGUCAACCCAACAACAAUGAAUUAAGUUAUUUCAUUUGUGAAGAAGCACAACAAAAUAUGAAAUACUUAUAAAUCAAAUAUGUAUUUAGUAAUUUAAGUCUAGUUUUAGGCGUUUACUUUGUUUGUGAGCAGCAUUUUUCUUUCGAAUCGAAUUGCAUUCAGUUUUUUUCCCCCAUAAUUCGCACCAAUUGAAUGGAAAUGCGUUGACAUUUUUGCUUUUAAGUUUCACUUAGAGUAGAAUCCAUUAAAACACACACAACAUAUUUUUUUUUUUGCAUAGUACUUUAAGCAACAACGGGUUAAUUGUGCAAUCGCUUGGUGUUGGUAAAAAAACAGAAAA